GAGACUACACCUCUCUCUUUCUCUGUGUCUUCUCUCUCAAUUCACUUCUUCUCACAUCUUAUCCCAUAAAACCAUCGAAACUUGUGUGCAACAGAGUAUGAGCAAAUGGCUUACCUUUCACCUACUUCGAAUUUCAUCUCCUGCAAUGAGAAUUCUGAUCUUGAUUCGAUUCGGGCGAUCGUAGCUUCGAUCAGCAACUACAUUCUCUGCGUUAUAUCAGACCCCGAAGAAUGGAUUUCGCUUAAGCGGAAAUGCAUCACUAUGUUGAGCAUCGAAGAAGAGGAUACUCUGUUUGAAUUCUCCUCUGAACACUCUGCUCUCUCUAAUCUCUAUUGGGGAAUCGAGAGCAUCGAAGCUUCUAUACAACCCGAAUGCUCAGAGGAGAAGAUGUCUCGUCUGAGAAACUCAGAGAGGAUGCUUCAAAUGCCUGCGUUGCUUGAAGAACAAGGGACCACCACUUCAGGUGUUCCAAACACAAUCUUGGUUGCUUUCUCUUACUUUUACCUCUCCAUUGUAAGCUAUCUCCAAGGUGAUUCCUUGCAGACCACAUUGCAUUUUCUCCAGUCGGUUCUGGUCUCGCCGGAUAUUGUAAGAAACGACAUUGCCCCUGAACUCUGCGAGAGCGUUUUCUCCACUCCUAGUGUGUUUAAGUCAGAUGAAGAGCUCAGAGAGAUUGCAAGGAAGUAUAAAUACAGAGCAACUUAUUACCAGGUUAUGUCUUACGGAGAGUUUCAUCAGCCGCAUAGUGAUUGUACAGAGAAGCCGCUUCGGAGGAGGCCGAAGAAAAAUAGGCAGGAGAUAUCUGCGGCUAAGGCACAUUCAGUUGCAGAGAAGCUAGAGUUGUCGGAAACCUGUGAGAAGUUAUUGCAUUACCAGAACCUCCAGAGUGUUGAUUUGCAAGAGGAUGAGCUUAAUGAAAUCUUUGAAAAAAUCGAAGCAUCAAGGAAGAUUGGAAAAUCUGCAAACAGUUUCGAAGAUUCUCCAUGUUUGGAUUGGAACAUGCAGGAGGAAGAUUACAAUCCAAGAGUCAAGUGCCUCAAUGAAUUCUUGAACGAGUCUCAGCCAGAUCAUACGCCAAGCUCAAGAGAAGACAUUGGCACUGACACAUUAGCCAACUUCUUCUGUGUUUCCCGACAGAAAGCUCACAAGGAAGCAAGCAAAGCAUAUAAUGUAGCCAACGGAUCCCACAGUUUUGUCAGUGAUUUGAACCGUUCAGUUUUUGACAUUCAGGCCCAGCAAUCAGAUAAAAGUUGGAAUACCCAAAGAGAAGAUGCUUCUUCUUUGAGGCAACUAGAGUUUGAAGAAGUAUCAGCUUUCGGACAUAAAGGAUCCAUAACUUUUGAAGGAAUGAUGAGCAAUCUGCAUACCACAAAACGAGGAAAUGGAGUUCAAACGCAUUCAAGAAGAGCUCGGAGAAUGAAUUUAUGGGAGAAUCUUCAGAGCUUUAUAAAAGAAGUGCUAGGGAAUGACGAUGAGAAGUAUGUCUCAGAGGUUACAAUGAUCUAUCAAAUGCUGAACAGUAAACAAGGGUUCAAAUACAGCAUGCUCAAAGAUGUCAUUCUUGAUCAGCUUCUUACGGCUAUCUCUAGCUCCGAGGAGAAAACUGUGAUAAAGGCAUCGAUGACAGCACUUACGAAGAUCAUAUCAGUCAACGGAACAGCUCUCGAAGAGGUCAAGAGGAAAGGUUUAAACUUAAGCAGUUUAGCGAAUGCACUGAAACAAAACGUGCAAGAAGCAGCUAUUCUUAUCUACCUGAUAAAGCCAUCUCCAACAGAGAUAAAGAGUCUUGAGCUUCUACCAGCUCUUGUGGAUGUUGUUGCAUCAACUUCUUCUUCUUCUGCUUGUUACACGUGUAGACCUUCACCUCCUCUUUUGACGCCUCCUGCAGCAUCAUUGAUGAUAAUUGAAGUGCUUAUUACUGCUUUUGACCAAGCUACAAACACAGUGCACUUGGCUGCAAUCAGCUCUCCUUCUGUCCUCUGUGGACUUCUUGAUGUUGCAAAAAGUGGAAACUCAGGGGAAUUCAUCUCCUUGGCGAGUAUUUUAGUGAAGUGCAUGCAGUUUGAUGGACUUAACAGGAAGUAUAUCUAUCAGCAUACUCGAGUGGCUCCUUUUGCACAUCUCCUGCAGAGAAGAGACAGAGAAGAGAUUUUCAUUGCUCUUCAGUUUCUUCAUGAGGUCCUGAAGAUACCAAGGUCGUCAGCAAUUAAGAUUCUGCAGCAGAUAAAGAAAGAAGGAAGUUUUGACAUUAGGGAUACGUUAUUGCAGUGUAUUAAACAGUUUCAGGGAGAUCACAGGCUCUUUGCAGCAGAUAUAUUGCUUCAACUAAAUGCACUGGAUUCUCCUCCUGAGAGCAAAAAGUUCAGAAAUGAGGCCACGAGAGCUCUCCUCGAUGCAGUCACAAAUAGUGAAGGUUCAAAUGUGAGGCUUUUAUCAACAUUCAUUCUUUCGAAUAUCGGUGGAACUUAUUCGUGGAAAGGAGAACCAUACACUGCUGCUUGGCUAAUGAAAAGAGGAGGUCUUACUUCUAUGGCACACAUGAACAUGAUAAGAAACAUCAACUGGUCAGAUGAAUGUUUGCAGGAUACAGGAAUAGAUGCAUGGUGUUGUAAGAUAGCAAGAAGAAUUAUUGAGACAGGAACAGCCACGUUUUGCGGUUUACAAGAAGGGCUGAAGAGUAAAACCAAGAGUGUUGCAAAGGCAUGUCUUAUAGCCAUUGCAUGGCUCAGUAUAGAGAUUUCAAAAGGUCCAAAUAGUUUGAAAUAUUCAGCAUGCGAAGUCUUACUUAAUGAGAUAGCACAGUUUCUACACCCUGGUUCCGAGCUUGAAGAGAGACUUCUUGCUUGUAUAUGCAUCUACAAUUUCAGCUCUGGCAAAGGAAUCCACAAGCUAAUUAAUUUCUCGGAAGGAGUUAGGGAGUCUUUAAGACGUCUUUCAGAUGUGACUUGGAUGGCAGAUGAAUUGCAUAAAGCAACAUAUUAUCUAUUCAGCAAAUCAGACCAGCGCAUAUCUUGUGUUCAUACACAAACCAUAGAGAUGCAUCAAUCUGGAAGUGGAGCUGUAACAGCCCUUAUCUACCAUAAAGGCUUGCUCUUUAGUGGAUACUCCGAUGGUUCUAUCAAGGUGUGGAAUGUGAAUGAGAAACUAGCCACGCUUCUAUGGAACAUCAAGGAGCACAAAAGCGCCGUAACAUGCUUUUCAAUAUCUGAAACAGGAGAGAGUGUCUUAAGUGGAUCUGCAGAUAAAACUAUCAGGAUAUGGCAGAUAGUUAAAGGAAAACUGGAAUGUGCUGAAGUAAUAAAAACAAAAGAAUCAGUAAGGAAACUGGAAGCAGUCGGAAAUAUGAUACUUGUCAUAACCAAGGGACACAAGAUGAAGCUGCUUGAUUCAUCAAGAACAUCUCAAAGUAUCUUCAAAGGUAAAGGUGUGAAGAGUAUGGUAGCAGCACAAGGAAAGAUUUAUAUAGGAUGCAUAGAUUCAAGCAUACAGGAAUUAAUCGUCACGAAUAAACGGGAGAAAGAGAUCAGAGCACCAACGAGGAGCUGGAGAAUUCAAAACAAGCCCAUCAAUUCAGUUGUUGUGUACAAAGAGAUGUUAUAUAGCGCAAGCACACAUGUUGAGAUGUCUAAUAUAAAGGAUUUGAGAAGGAAUUAUGAGCCACAAAUGUCAAUAACAGCAGAAAAAGGGUCCCAUAUUGUAGCGAUGGGUGUCGUCGAAGAUUUCAUCUACUUGAAUCGAAGUUCAUCCGCAAACACUCUUCAGGUUUGGUUGAGAAGGACACAGCAGAAAGUGGGAAGGCUAUCAGCAGGAAGCAAGAUAACAAGCCUCCUUACUGCUAACGAUAUUGUUUUUUGCGGUACAGAAGCAGGAGUCAUUAAGGGAUGGAUUCCAUUAUAGCUACAAGUGACAAGGAUAUGAGGUAACCAUUACGUUUUCUACAAUCAGGUCAAAGUUAUGAUACAUGAAGACUCAUUUUCAUAUCAUCGUGGAGAAGUAUAUACACAGCUUAAAUUAGAGUGAAAUGAAUAAGCUUAAUGUGAUAAUUGUACAUGUGUUACAUAGCAUUAUAUGUAAGGUGUAGUUGAGUCGUCAUUUCCCUUGUGUGUAGAUAUACAAAGUAUUUAUGAUCUUCAAUGGAAUAUAUUCGAGUACCUUGAAUGGCUCGAAGAACGUUGUAAGAUAAAACCAAUGCCCUCUUAAAUCAUGGAUAUGUACAUUAAGCAUAUGCUUGCUACAUAUUCCAAAUUGUCAAUGUUUUGAAGUUAC